AUGUACGCCCACGUCGCUCGCGCGCUGAGUCGUCUGCUCGCACCGGUGUCCAUCGCGUUCGGCAGACGCGCCAGAGCGGAUCCGAACGCGAUGUCACGACGCGUCGCCGCGUCGCCGUCCCGCGCGAAAGAUGGCGACGCCGCGCCAGAGCCUGAGAAACCAUCCACGUCGUCAGCGACGGACGACGUGACGACGCCGAUUCGCGCGAAAGUAAACUCGCGAAAGAAACCGGUGAAGACGGAGGACGAACGCUCGGUGGUGGCGAUCGAGCCGGAGGGAUGGGAGAAGACGCUGGAGACGAUCAAGCGCUGGCGCGCGGACGGACCGCCGGCGGCGGUGGACACGAUGGGAUGCGAAAAGAUCGCCGACGUCGAGGACGAUCGAGUGAACGUGGAUGGAGAUCGAUAUAGACGGUACCUGACGCUGACGAGCGCGAUGCUGAGCUCGCAGACGAAGGAUGAGAUUAAUCACGCGGCGAUGCGGCGACUCAGAGCGCACGGGUGCACGCCGGAGAACAUUUUAAACACGGACGAGGACGCGCUGGACGCGAUGAUCAAUCCGGUUGGAUUUCAUCGACGUAAAGCGCAAUAUUUACGCGCGACGGCGAAGAUUUUACUGGACGAGUACGAUGGGGACAUUCCGCCGAGCGUGGAGACGCUGUGCGCGCUCCCGGGCGUCGGUCCAAAGAUGGCGUACCUCGUCAUGAACGUCGGUUGGGGAGAACCGACCGGGAUUUGCGUCGACGUUCACGUCCAUCGCAUCUCCGAGCGCCUCGGUUGGGUCGCCAAGGACGUGAUGGGGAAGAAUGGAUCUCCGCGGAAGAAGACGCCGGAGGACACGCGCGCGGCGCUCGAGAGUUGGCUUCCCAAGCACGAGUGGAUCGAAAUCAACCCGCUGUUGGUGGGCUUCGGCCAACUCACGUGCACACCGCUCCGUCCCAAGUGCCACGCGUGCCCCCUCGCGAAGGACGGAUCGUGCCCGUCCGCGUUCAAAGAAAAUCCGGCGUCGCCCGAGAGCGCGAAAAAGCGACCAAAGCUCGAGCUCAAGCUCGAGGGCGACGACGCGUGA